AUGCCCGGCUCUUCAAGGAUUCUUGAGGAAAAGAAGGGCUGUGCAUUUCUCCUAGUGACCUCAAAGGCCUUUAGAAAGUUUCUCCCACUCUUUGACCGAGUAUUGGUUGAAAGGAGUGCUGCUGAAACUGUAACCAAAGGAGGCAUUAUGCUUCCAGAAAAAUCUCAAGGAAAUGUAUUGCAAGCAACAGUAGUCGCUGUUGGAUCGGGUUCUAAAGGAAAGGGUGGAGAGAUUCAACCAGUUAGCGUGAAAGUUGGAGAUAAAGUUUUUCUCCCAGAAUAUGGAGGCACCAAAGUAGUUCUAAAUGACAAGGACUAUUUCCUAUUUAGAGAUGGUGACAUUCUUGGAAAGUACGUAGACUGAAAUAAGUCACUAUUGAAAUGGCAUCAAUGUGAGGCUGCCCUGAAAUCUUUCAUCAUGUAAAUAAUUUCCAUAUCUCUCUUUUAUAAUAAACUAAUGAUAACUGAAAAAAAAAAAAAAGGGAGGAUUGCUUGAGCCCAGGAGUUUGAGGUUUCUGUGAACCAUGAUCACACUGCUACAUUCUAGCCUAGGCAACAGAGCAAGACCUUGUCUCAAAAAAAGAAAUUGAUGUAUGAGUCCCAGCUACCUCCAUAGUAGAGAUCAGCUACCCAAGUGGUGCCAGCAACCAGCCAGAGAGAGACUCUCUCUAAAAUUAAAAAAAAAAAAAAACCUGACUGCCCAGGAACCUGUGGCCAUAAAUUGCACACUAAGUUCCAGAAUUCUCUCUCACUUGAGAAUUCUGCAAUGAAUUUUUUGGUCUUGACCUCUCUAGGAAGCUCACACAAUACUGCAUGCCUUCUACCUAAAUCUUUCUUUCUUAAACUAUUGUUUCAAGGAUCAUCUCAAGCAGUUUCAAGAACUUCUCUGCAACCCCAGAACUUUGGGAGGCCGAGGGGGCAAAUCACCUGAGGUCAGGAGUUUGACACCAGCCUGGACAACAUAGUGAAACCCCGUCUCUAUUAAAAAUAUAAAAAUUAGCUGGGUGUGAUGACGAGUGCCUGUAAUCGCAGCUACUCGGGAGGCUGAGAUAGGAGGAUCACUUGAAUCCGGGAGGCUGAGGUUGCAAUGAGCUGAGAUCAUGCCACUGAACUCCAACCUGGGAGACAGAGAGAGACUCCAUCUCAAAAAAGGGAGCUUAUUUGACUUUGAAAUCUCUUUCAAGAACCAAAAUGUCCUGUGAUGUCCUGUGCAGGUGAAUUUGUUAGCAAUGGUUGGUUAAGUGUUGUAUUCCUAGCAAAAACACACUCUUGGCUGAGCUCUAGAGGGAUGACUGAAGCCAACAUGCAGUUGGGUAUGUCCCCAGAGUUCAAAACUGCUUAGCCCAGAGGUCAGCCACCUGGAUGCCAAUCCUCCAUCCUGCAGGGCUUACUCUGACAUAGUUUGUAUAUUAGUCCCCACCUAAAUCUCAUAUCAAACUAUAAUCCCCAAUAUUAAAGGUAGGGCCUGGUGGAGGUGACUGGAUCCUGGGGGUGGAUUUCUCAUGAGAAUGGUUAUCAGCACCAUCCCCUUGGUGCUGCCCUUGAGAUAGUGAGUGAGUUCACAGGAGAUCUGGUCAUUGAAAAGUGUGCAGCACCUCUCCCCAACUCUCUGUCUUACUCCUGCUCACCAUGUGAGACACCUGCUCCCCCUUUGCCUUGGAAGCUUCCCAAGGCCUCCCCAGAAGCAGGUGCCACUAUGCUUCCUGUACAGUCUGUAGAGUCAUAAGCCAAUGAAACCUCUUUUUUUAUAUAUUACCCAGUCUCAAGUAUUUAUCUUUUUUUUCUUUCUUUUUUUUUUUUUUUUGAGACGGAGUCUCGCUCUGUCACCCAGGCUGGAGUGCAGUGGCUCGAUCUUGUCUCACUGCACCCUCUGCCUCCUGGGUUCAAACAAUCCUCCCACCUUAUCCUCCCAAACAGCUGAGACUAUAGGCACAUGCUACCUAUCCAACUAAUUUUUACAUUUUUGUAGAGACAGGGUUUCACCAAGUUGCCCAGUCUGGCCUCGAACUCCUGAGCUCAAGUGAUUCGCCCACCUCAGCCUCCCAAAUUUCUGGAAUUAUAGGCAUGUGUCACCACACCCAGCUGGAACACCACUUUUACUUGAAAGAGCAACUGACAGAUGUAUGAUUAUUUAGGCUUCGAUGUUUGGCACACUGUCUCAAUCUUAAAUGAAGUGAACCUGUCACUUUAAGGAAUUCAAGUGACAGUGUUGGUUGCCAGUAAUAGAAUUUGAGCUUUCAGCCGGGUGCAGUGGCUCACACCUGUAAUCCCAGCAUUGUGGGAGGCCGAGGCGAGUGGAUCACCUGAGGUCAGGAGUUUGAGACCAAUCUGACCAACGUGGUGAAACCCCAUCUCUACUAAAAAUACAAAAAUUAGCUGGGCAUGGUGGCAGACACCUGUAAAACUAGCUACUUAGGAGCCUGAGACAGGAGAAUCACUUGAACCCAGGAAGCAGAGGUUGCAGUGAGCCGAGAUCACACCAUUGCACUCCAGCCUGGGCAACAACAGGGAAAUUCCAUCUCAAAAAAUAAAUAAAUAAAUAAAUAAAAUAAAAUUUGAGCUUUCAAGCAAAACGUAGAAUUUUCAAAAACUUGAAUCUGCCACUGUGAGCUUGAAAUCUUCCCAAUACUUAAGAUUUUUCUGCUGAGAUCAAUGAUGAUAAUCACAAAUGUGAUUCUUUCAAUAUUGUGUAAUGAAAACACCAAUAUUUGGAAGCACUGCAUCAUUCAGGGAACUAAUAUUUUCCACAUGACCAGUGCAUGAUGUUACAAAAUUAUGCAUGGGCAAAAGAUCCAUUCAUGGUGCAAAAUAAAUCAAUGAAUUUUAAUAUGACAGAGUACAAAAAGUUCAUUGAUGUGGAUUCAGAUUCUACAUUGCAACUACAUUUUAAGAAAUUACCACUUGACAAGUUUUGGUAGGGUACCAAAGAAUAAUACCUACAAUUAUCUAAAAAUGCUGCUAAAAUACUCCUCUAUUUUCCAGCUUUAUGUCUAUGUGAGGCUGUAGUUUCUUUAACUACUUCAACCAAAAUAACAUUACAACAGAUUGAUUGCAAAAGCAACUAUGAGAACCAAACGUCUUUUGUUAGACCAAAUAUUAAACACAUUUGUAAAACCGUGAAACACCAUUCUUCUCAUUAAAUCCUUUUUGUUUCGGAAUAAAUUUUUUUUUUUUUUUUUUUUUGAGACGGAGUUUCGCUCCUUACCCAGGCUGGAGU